UUGUUGGAGUGGCCUUGUACACUCCAGGAGUAGCAGUGCUGCCUUCUUUACUGCUGCUAAACUGGGGCUGCCAUCAGUGUCCAUGCUGUAAAGUAAAUGCAGCAUUCUUGUCAUCUUGAACUUGGCAUUAGCCUAGAACAGAUGGCAGACAAUGUCAACAAAUAACAACAUAGCACAUGCACGGAAACUGGUGGAACAGCUGAGGAUUGAGGCAGGCAUUGAGAGAAUCAAGGUGUCCAAAGCUGCUGUGGACCUUAUGAAUUACUGCGAGCAGCACGCCCGCAAUGACCCUCUGCUGCUUGGAGUCCCGGCAUCUGAGAAUCCCUUCAAGGAGAAAAAACCCUGCAUCAUCCUAUAGCUCUGUCCACGACCAAACUAAGUGCAGUAUGUUAGAACCAGAUGCCUACCAUUCACAAUUGCCAACAGUGUGAGAAACACUAAAUGAUGACUUCAUGGGGUUUAGAUGGGAUUUGUUGAAUUAACAAUUAAUUCAGAAGCAACAAAAAAGGGGGAUUAGAAGUUUCAACAGAUGAGAUCAGAAUUUCGGGACUGGGGAGGGAACUUUAUGGGGUAUGUUUGAUCAUAGAUAUUAUGAUUUCUAAUGCAUAUAAGUUUUGACUGGAUUACAAGUUGACAAAUUAGUUGCCUCGUUGAAUUUCUCUUAUUUUGGAGAGGGGAGGAUCUGUUUAAUUUAUAAAACUGCCAGAAACACAGAGAAGUGGAAUUGUAUAGCAUGCGCACCAUAAUGUAUUCUGAAACUUUCAGGUCCUCAAGUGACCAAACUGAGAUCCUAAAUUUAGAAUUUGAAAUCUUUUUCUAAACCAUUCAAAGCUAGCCAUUUGUACAUAGCCCUAAACACUUCGGAAGGGUUUACAAAUUAGUUGCUUUUAUAUCUUUGGUUCAUUCAAUACUGUUAAUUUUUCAGGGGAAGAUUAAUAACUUGAUUCAUUCUGUUCAAUGAUUGGUGUUUUAAUGAAUUUGUAUUUUUGCCCCAAGCAUUAACCUCCAAUUCAAUGAAGGACAACACAUCAGCCAAUAUAUUUUGGAAAAAUUAUCAUAAUUAGUUUAGUAUUCUAGGGUGCAAUAUAUUUUCCCAGAGCAGAACAUUAUGGAUGUGUGAUAAACUGCAAAUCAUUUAAUUCUUUACCAGUGAGUUGAAGAAUGUACUCUCUUGCAGUUUCUUAAUUUACAGUGGCCAUUAGUUUGUAUUGAUAUCUCCAAUAAUGGCAUUGGCAUCAGACAAGGAUUUUGUUUGGUGAAGGCUAAUUCUAAUCAAACUAUAUGCUCAAAUUUGAGUGUUCACCAAAUGGUAGUGUUAUGAAAGGUUUAAUAAACUUCCAUGGGUGAAAACAUUAAGUUUUAAAUGUAGUAAUAACAGUUCUCUAAUCUCCAGGUCUAUCCUUUUUUGUUUCAAAAUAGGACAAGCUCAUGAGAUGAGUAUGUGGCAAAAUAUUAUUCUUUAUUCUUUAAGUCAUUUUUGGUUCCUUUUUCUUGGCCCAUAGAUGUGUGUUUUCUGAUGGGUUUUUUCUGAUUUCACCGAAUUGCUUGUUGGCAGAACGUUUUCUGUCUUAAAUGGUCUUGGUUUAAUGGAGAGGGGAAAUUCGGUCAAGCUGUUAAAUUGUUGAAAAAUCCCAAUCCUUGAUUAUUAAGCCAGCAGUCAAACUUUAGGUGCUUUUUUCAAUAUGGGAAAAGUACCCAGGAAAAUCCUGGUAUUCCUACUGCAAUGCUGGUUACUGCUGAGUAUCAGACAAAGCUUCUUACCUUGUUAUCGUUUGACUUCACAGAAAACAGAAUCUCAGUUUGUUUCUUAAGGGAAUUGUAGGUCUUUCUAAUCACAUCUUCUGUAUCUGGAUUCAUAUUUACUCAAAUGGUGAAUUCUCUCUCAAUUACAGUGCAAUUUAAAAGUAACUGGCAAUACUGCAGGUGUUGCAAAGUGAUAUAAUAUUACUUCCCAGUCCUAUCUCAUACUAUUGGGAAUAAUCUUUGUCCUCUGACAUUGGAAGAUUGCCCACAUCAUAGAAAUCGACUGAUGCAAUUAUAAGACACUUAAGAUACAAAUUCACUGUCUUGUGUAUAAUAUAUUAUGAAUGAUAACCAGUAUGUUUCUGAAAAUGAAUUUCAAGUAGCAGUCAGUUUCAGACAGACAGUAAACAAAUAAUUUGAGCUUUGUAGGUUAUGAUGUCCUGUGACCCUCAACUACACCAUCCGUAAUCCUCAAAUAUUGUACAGUAUAUCCCCAAAUUCCUUAACUCUGAACAUUGAACUUGCCAAGAAAUAAUUUGCCAAAUCAUAACAUGAAGUGAAUUAUAGGCAGUAAGUCCAUCAAGUUUCAGGUGAUGAAUGUUAUCUGAACUCGGGAUUAAAUUAUUGCCUUGUUAUUGAACUCCACUCACCGAUGUGUUUUGCUUAAUUCUUUAUAUGCAUGUGAUCGGUGGCUUAUUGAAGCUGUGGUCUGUUGAGCAGCAGGAGUGGUGCUGGUGACCGUGUAGGACAUUUCUGUGGGUUAGUAGCUAUGUGGUUUUAGAGCAAUUAGAAACGGGUAGGUUUUUGCUAAAGAAAAUGAAUGCAAGUGCUAUAUAAAAAAAUAAGAUAUUUAAUGUUUCUUAUGAUUUUCUUUGAUGUGCUAUGGUCAUUUUAAGUUUAAAAAAAAACGUAUUUUCUCACCAGCACCAUAUCUAGAUCUCUCCCUCUCUCUCCACAUCAUCCAUCACUGAUCAGGAGACUUCUUGCAUGCUGAAACCACAGGAGCAAAGUGCACCAUGUCCUCUUGUCUUUUUCCCUCCCCGCCCUUAGGAAAGUGCCUAGAAUCCAUUGAUUGCCAACCAACUGUAAUGGCGGGCUUGAGAUUAGGAACUUUGCCAGGUGCACAAACUCAGGUUUGGGCCUAUAUUUAAGAGUUUGCCAUUAUCUACAAAACCAUCAUCCCAGUCUUUUGAGUGUUUAAUACCCUACAAAAUUUCUUCGGCCAAAAUAAUCUCUGUAGACUUGGUGUAUUUUUAAACCGUGUUAGAGAUGAAUGCCUAACCACUAAACCAGCCCUAAUUCACAGUGUUCUCUGAAUAAAUAGUCGAUUUGUUUUGUAUUUCGGUAUCCCUAUUUCAUUAUUCUAAAGGGCCAUCACACAAUAACCCAGAGGUAUUCUCAGAGAGAGGAACUGAUAGAGUGCCAGCCCAUCUGUUGAGAUACGAUUAUCUGUAUUGCAAACUUAUGACAUUUUUUUAUCACCUCAAUUAUUUGCUAUUACUUCUUUACUUGCCCUUCUUUUUUAGCUGUCACUCAUGAUGAUGAUGAUGAUAAUAAUCCUUGCAUUUGAUGUAGCGCCUUUAAUGUCAAAAAGACUCAAAAACGUAAUGCUGUACGUUGUCAGUGUAACGUUCUGUUCAUAUCUGUGGUGCCCUCCCAGAUUAAUUCUACAGAUGUGCAGUAAUCAAUUUGCACAUUGAGGAGAGUUUCAUCUGUUCUCCCAAUGAGGGACUGAACUGAUUACCUCUUUCAGGAGAGCUGCAUAGGUUGUUUUGAUCACAUUCCAUACACAUUCAGGAGCUGUUUUACAUGUUGUUCUGUAAGAGCUGUUUAAUACUAUAGUCAAGAUUGUUAACUGCUUCCAACAUGUGUAUUCCACUUUUGAGUAAACAGUAUAACCCAUUUGGAUUUGCUUCCUUGUGGGUUAUUCAGACCUAUGAUUGUUUUGUAUUGGUAUUGUUUUAUUUUAAGUAAACCUAGAAAAGCAAGAAGAAAUCAGAUCUUUGGUGACUGAAGUUGCACUCAAUUGUCAAGUCUCAGAGUAUAUAAAUGGUGCUUUUAUGUCCCUUUCCCUCUCUUUGUGUGUUCACAUCUUAUUAAUCCUGUAUAGCCCGUUUUUAAAUCACCCUUUCCCUCCUCCACAAGUGUUUUCCAGUUUCGUCCAUUUUUAAAACUUCCCAGCUUAAGUAGUUAGAAUCAGAAGGAUGUUUGACUGCGGGAGAUGUCACAGCUAAGCCCUGCCCUCAUUCAAUCUCCACACAUGAAGAGAUCAUAAUAAUAAUAACAAUCUAUAAUAAUCAAAAGUGGGAACCCUGGCUGAUUCCAACCCCCCAACCACCAGAUCAAGGACGUUGACUCUUAAUUUGUAGUCCAGCUCAGAUCAGUUAAGUCAAAGCAGAACAGGGAUCAAAGCUGAUUUAUUAUAUGAAAGAGAAAAAUGUUUUUUCUCUUUAUGAAAAUCUGGCUCUAACCAAUACCGGCAUAAUUCGAAGUCAGGUUUUACUUGCCGUCAACAAGUUGACCUGCAAUAAGAUCGCAUGAUGUGGGAGUAACUGGGAAACCUCAGGCAGCAAAACUAUUAAAUUAUAUUGAUAGAAAAAAACCUACUAAAGCUUAACAAUAAGGCACCAAAGAUAUGACUUCAAUGUAUAACCUGUUGAACUUACCGAAAUGUUGUGUGAUCGAAAAUCUACUACUUUGCCAUUACAUCGACCAUCAAAAAGUUGCUCUUCUGCAGAUAAUUCCAAGGCUGAUCAAAUGGUCGAUCAAACUCGGGUAAAGUGUGUUUAAAUGAAAGUGGCUUUCAUGUAAUUUAAGAAUGUUUUUGUAACAAAUUCUCUGCCAUAUUGUUAUCUUGUUGCCAAACCUGUGAGUUUUCCGACUGCUGUAAAAACGUGUCCAAUAAGCUAACAUUUUUUGUCUAUUUUAUUAAUUUGCCUCGAUUUCUUUCCAGUGUGCCAUAGUCCACUUCCUCGUAGUGUUUUAAGAAAAAAUCGUGGAAAUGUUGUUACCAAGUGGAUCGAUAACACAAUAAAAUGUUCACAUUUUCA